AUGCGUCCGAGCCUGGUCUCGGUGCCGGAGGGACAGGCCAUAUCCUCAUCGGCCAGAGUGUCGCCGUCCGGCCUGACGCCAACGCGCACGACAGUGACACCCCUCGCGAGCCCUAGGGCAUUUGAUGCAGGUGUUCAACAACUGGUCCAUGACGUACCUGACGUCAUCUUCGACUUCCGGAUCCAGGACUACUAUCUUGCGCCUCAUGCGGAGAUCCCCGCCGGCACCGAGAAAACCCCGGCAUACGCCGCGGCGAACGGCGACGCACCCGCGAUCGGCGUCCAAAGCACCAGCAUCGCAGUCACCUCGUCGUCCGAUAUGGUUCGACAGCUGGAAUUGCAACGCCAGCUUGACAACGGCAAAUGCGUCUCCGUCGAUCUGGGGCAGGUCGCGCGCGGUCAUCGCUACGCCUAUCAGGCAAGCACGUCCAGCAACGCCGACUCCGAAUCCCCGACAUCAGCUACGUCCACCGUAAUCCAAGACGCGGCAUCCAUCCUGGAGACCGGAGACGAAGAUUGCCUCGUUACGGCUGAUGGCGGGCUACAUGUGAUUCCCAUGCACGACCCAGUCGUUGCUUUAGCGCUGCUGGGGAAGAUCUACCCGGGGAACGUAAUCCUUCCGCCGAGGUCUGGAAACUUAGCGCAGGCCGAGAAGGCCGGCAAGGGCCUGGAGCCAAAGUUUGUGCUUUUGGGGGGUGAAGCGUGGUGGUUUACGAGGGAGGUUUACUUGGCCUGCCUCUGUAGUGCAGCACUAUGCAUAGCGCAAUACGCGGGAAUCGGGGUAUGA